AUGAAACAACUUUUGGCGCCACGGUUGCUCGUGCUGAUCAGCGCCGGUGUUGCGUUGACGGACGCCGGGCCCUUGAACGCAACACCGCAAGAUGGUGUGGAAUGGCGGCGCCCCCUGCUGGAGAGGACCCAACCUUUCGUUCUGGUUGGCGGGCGAAAGCGGAGCCUUAAGGAGGCAUUGCAGGGUGGUCACCCAGAACAUCUGCAGUGUGGCCUGGAGGUCCGAGGAGAGGUUCUUGUUCUUGACCUGCAGAAGAACCAUGACCUUCUGCCCAAAUCGCCAAACGUCUUCUUCUACCUGCCUAACGGCACCGGAGUGUCCCUGAAUGAUGACCCUGUGACACAUUGUUACUACCAUGGCAACGUAAGAGGAUUCCCAAGCUCCAGAGUGGCAAUCAGCACCUGCUCAGGACUCCGUGGCGUGAUCGCUGUCAACGCAUCUUUGAGUUUCGAGGUUCAACCGCAUGAGAUCCAUCACGACGGGGUGGGGAGCGGUGAAGGAGGCACGGCCAGUGGAUUAGGAGGUGAAGAAGAAGAUUCUAGAGAAAAUGGAGACCACCUGAUCUUCUCUAGCAGUCACGUGGCGGAAGAAUCAGUGAAGGGCUGCGGGGUCUCACACGGUCACGUGGACAGCCAUGUCGGGCACACAAAUGACCACAGUGCCACUCAUGUACUUCACAGAAGCAAAAGGAACAUCCUAUCUGAGACCAAAUACAUCGAACUAGUGUUGGUGGCCGACCACCAGGAGUUUUUGAACUACCAGAAGAACAACAAAACUAUUAUCUACCGCAUGCUGGAUGUGGCCAAUCAGGUGGACUGGUUUUACCGUCCUCUAAAGGUUCGAGUGGCGCUGACAGGUUUAGAGGUGUGGAGUGACCGAGACAAGAUCCGUGUGGAGAAGAACCCCAGCGCGACGCUUAACAAUUUCCUGCUCUGGCGGACCAGGGAGCUUUUGCCACGCCUUCGCCAUGACAACGCACAGCUAAUCAUGGGUAGCGCCUUGGACGGCACCACGGUGGGCAUGGCGGCGCAGGCGUCCAUGUGUUCCAGAGACCGUUCCGGAGGUGUCAACGUGGACCACCUGGUGAGCAUUCUGGGUGUGGCAUCCACGGUGGCUCACGAGCUUGGACACAAUUUAGGGAUGAGCCACGACACGCAGGAACGACACUGCCACUGCACCAACCAGCCUCGCAUGGGUGGAUGCAUUAUGGAACCCUCCACUGGGUUCCUGCCCGGCCAGCAGUUUAGCAGCUGCAGCGUGUCUGACUUGUCCGUUAGUCUACUUCGAGGGGGCGGCAUGUGUUUGUUCAACGUACCGCCACCAGAACGCCUCCUGGGUGGGCCCCGUUGCGGCAAUUUGUAUGUAGAGCCUGGCGAGGAGUGCGACUGUGGCCUGCUUGAGGAGUGCCAGGACCCCUGCUGUAACGCAUCCACAUGUCGGCUGCACCCCGGCGCCCAGUGCUCAGCCGAUGGCGUCUGCUGCCAGGACUGCAAGCUGCGAGCGGCAGGUUCCGUAUGCCGAGAGCCAAUCGGAGAGUGCGACCUACCGGAGUACUGCACGGGUUCCUCCCCCUUUUGUCCUCCUAAUGUCUACAUUCAAAACGGCGAGCCUUGCGAGGACGGCGCCACCUACUGCUACGGCGGUGCCUGCGCUAGCAUGCGCGCGCAGUGUCAGAUGCUUUGGGGACCCAACGCCACCAGCGCACCGGCCGUUUGCUUCUCAUCUGUCAACAAACAAGGAAACAAAUACGGAAACUGCGGUCAGCUGAGUAAUGGAUCUUACGCUCCCUGUGCACCAAAUGACGUGCAGUGCGGCAGGAUCCAGUGUCAGGACGGCACGGAUCGCCCCCUGCUGGGCACCAACGCCGAGAUUCUGACCACCACUGUGCGCUUCAAUCUCCGCGACCUGGUGUGCCGCGGAACCUUCUUCCACCUGGGCGAUGAUGUGUCUGACCCCGCAUCUGUGGCACAAGGCACCGCCUGCGGGCCAGGAAAGGCUUGCUUGGACCACAAGUGCCAGGACGUGUCCGUUUUCGGUGUGGACGAUUGCCGCAAGAAGUGCAACGGUCACGGCGUCUGCAACAGCAUGAACAACUGUCACUGCCAGCCUGGAUGGGCGCCACCCGACUGCGCGUAUGCCGGACAUGGUGGCAGCGUGGACAGCGGACCCGCGCAUAUUGCCGCAGAGUCUGAUCCAGUCCUGGUGGCCCUGCUGGUGCUCUUCCUCAUCAUCCUUCCGGCGCUGCUCCUCUUCCUGGCGCUUCGCUUCCCUCGCGUCCGUCGUGUUUGUUUGGCUUUGGGAGGCAGCAAAUUCUUUCCCAAAUCAUCUCACAACCGGACUCCGGCAACAGAGCGAAGUUCGGACCGCAACGUGGAUCAAAUUCGUCCGUUGAGGUUUGACAACACCGCGUUGACGGACGUACGUGAGACUCCGCCCCUCAAGGAGCUUCUUGACAGACCUGCUCCUCCCACUAAGCCACUUCCCCCUGUCCCCCCUCUAAACCCCUCGCCACAGCCAUCCGAAAGGCGUCCGGCACCGCCCACCAAGCCGCUUCCUCCGGCUCCUCCCACCAGAGGCGUUCAGGUACGCAUCGUUGGCUUCGGACGCUCCGACGGUCAAACCGGCAGUGCCCAAAAAGCCACGCCCUCAUUUGACCGCCGCGUCUUCGUCGAGUUGGUCGUCCUCCUCCGUCGCGUCCCAGAAUCCCGCCCAGACCGGAGCAGCGGUGACAAAGCCCCGCCCCCUCCGCCGGUGCUGCAGUGCCUUCUUGCCAAGACACCCGCUGCUCAUUGGCUGUUUGCAAGAGGCCACGCCCAUUUCCAACCACGCCUUAGCAGGAGGUCAUGUGACCAAUGA